AAUGUUAUUAAUUUGGUUGGAAGAUUUAAACCAGAAAAGAAUCCCCACAAAUGGCCCACUAAUUAAAGAACGAGCACUUCGAUUGUAUGAGCAGCUGAAAAAUUCGGAGCCUACUAUUUCAUCCAGCGAUCUCAACAUAGCAGAGUUCUCAGCCAGUACAGGAUGGUUAACUGGGUUUUUAAAGCGUAAUGCAUUUCAUAACGUAAACAUUACCGGUGAAAUUGCAUCAGCAGAUGAUGAUGAAGCUAAAAGUUUUCCAAAGAAGUUGCUCAAAAUUAUUGAAGAUGGAGGAUAUAGCCCAGAUCAAGUCUUUAAUGCCGACGAGACUGGGCUAUUUUGGAAAAAGAUGCCUAGUCGUACCUAUAUUGCUAAAUCUGAAAAAUCUGCAAGCGGUUUUAAAGCAGCAAAAGAUAGAGUCACCUUCUUAUUUUGCAGCAAUGCGUCCGGGGAUCGGAUAUUAAAACCUUUAGUUGUAAAUCGAUCACUAAAACCUCGAUCCCUGAAGGGCAAAGACAUGGCAAAACUGCCUGUUCAUUGGAUAGCCAACAAAAAAGCGUGGGUGACUACUGCAAUUUUCACAGAAUGGUUUAAUCGAUAUUUUGUGCCGGAAGUUAAAAAAUAUUUGCUGGAUAAAGGUCUCGAGUUCAAAGUGAUUUUGCUUAUCGAUAACGCGCCAGGUCAUCCGCAUAUAGAACAUGCCAAUGUCGAGAUAGUGUUUCUCCCACCAAAUACAACCAGCAUUUUGCAACCAUUGGACCAGGGCAUUAUCUGCAACUUCAAAAAACAUUAUGUAAAGUUGACCUUUCAGCACAUUUUGGACAAGAUAGAGAAUGAAGAGAUAACAGUUACGGAUGCCUGGAAAAAAUUUUCGAUUUUGGACUGCAUAAAUUAUGCUGGCUUGGCAGUUAAAGCUAUAAAACCACACACUUUAAAUACUUGCUGGAAAACGGUUUGGCCAGAAUGCGAUCAAAGGGGAAGUCUAUCAGAAGAAAUAUCAAUAUCAGAAAUUAUAUCUUUAGGUCAUGAAAUUGGUGGAGAGGGGUUUGAAACAUUAUGCAACGCAGAUAUUGAUGAGCUACUUUUGGACCCAGAGCUAAAUGAUGAAGACUUAAUGGAAAUCAUUGCUGGUGAUUCUGGAAAAGACAUCGAAUCGGAAGAUGAAAUAAAACCAUUUACGUCAAAUGUGAAUCGAAAAGGAAUUCAGAUGUGCAGCGAAUUAGAAAAUUAUUAUCUGACCAAUGAUCCAGAUACUGAGCGGGCUUUGAAAUUCCAACGUGAACUUAAUUUAUGCAUGUCGACCUAUCGGGAAUUGUAUAAACAAGAUUCUUAAUCAGCUAAGCAAAAACUCAACACAGAUUACAUCAAAAAUGUUAACCCUACAAGUAUUGAACCGCCUGCAUCACCAUCCAGAUCAGACGUGUACAUUUCCUCAAGUGACGGAAGUGAUUUUACGCCAAAUCCUAAACGAAUGCGCAACAUGCGGGUAUUGUCUGAUUCUAUUUCUGACGAUAUUUAUGCGGUUCUUAGCACUUUUGAAAC